AUGCCCUUGCGCCUCACCUUUGCCUCGCGAGCCAUCCAGUUCUUUGCGACAGCGACGCCGUCAACCCUCGCGGGGCUAGGCGUGGGAGUCUCUGCGGUGACUUAUGCUGUUCUGGGGCGGCUUGGGCUUGUGCUGAUAGGAGCAUUCGGCGGCGUGGUCUCCUUCAUCAUCUGGGAAUCGAAGAACCCGGAGCUGGCAAAGGCCAUUCGCGGCGAGGAGAGCAACAAGGUGCUAGACAGAGUUUGGGCGGAUCUGACGGCUGUGCGGUCGCUGGAGACGCCGGACGAUGAAGAUGAAGACCAGAGUCGCAUCAAAAGCUUCGACGAGUUUCGCCCAGAGACAAAGGAAGCGCUGAGUGGUUUAGUCGAUGCGAUUAUCCAAAACUACAUCAAGUGGUGGUACAGUCCACUUGUGCCUUCGGAUCACGCUUUUCCUCUCGCUUGCCGCAAGUCAAUCACGUCUUUUGUCUUGGCGAUAUCGAACCGGAUGACUCGUAAGCGACCGGCCGACGCUUUCCUGGACCUCCUGACCAACUCAACUUCCAUGAUAAUCGUUUUUCUUUCUGAAUUGGCGGCUGCAUUUUCCGCCCUCCCGCCCGAUGCGAAUUUGAACGCUGCCGAUACCAUAUACAACUAUCUCGCCGAGAAUCCCGACUCUCGUCUUGCGAAUCUGCUAAACCAGAGGCAACAAGCAACAAAGUUCAAGAUGAUAUCCGAAGAUAUGCUUGGAUUCCUCGACAAGAAUGCCUACAACUGUGAUCCGGCGCGAAUUUUCUUGCGGGAGAUUCUCGCAAAUUCAGUAUUCGAGCAGACUCUGCAGCAAUGCAGCAGGGCCGAGUGGAUCAACGGAUGGAUCGUGUAUCUCUUGGAAGCAGGCGAGCCGAAUCUGAACCAAGCAAUUGAUGUCGGCAUGCAGACUGGCCGCGAUGUGGCCAACAACGUCUUUGCCGACUUGGAUGGCAACGUUGGUAAUGUUGGCAUUGCGAAGCCCCGACGUGGUAGCAACGACCAGGGCCAGACUCGUCGCAAGGAAACUUCACACAAGAAAAAACUAAGCAAAGCAGACGAGGAACUAGAGGGAGCCAUGGAGGAAAUGAAACGAAUGAAUGCCAUGAUUGCACAAGAUGAAAUCCGACGGAAAAGGACCUCCACGUUGACUGAAGCAUCUGAACGGUCAAAGCAGAGCAUGGAUAUGGCAUCUCGAGAUACGGAUACUCAGAAGAACGAGGAAGCAUUUUCGCCGACAUCCAACAGAUUCUCGCCUCGAGGAGCAUCAGUAGACGGCGUCUCGUCCAAGAGCGAUACGGUUUACACGCCCCAUACGCCGCGAUCUACAGCUGAUUCCGUCAGCCAAGAAUCAUCUCCACAGGAAAACAAAGAUCAACAGUCAUUUACAAGUUUCGAUCAGAUUGUCCCGCCGGGCCAACCAGUAGUGGAUGAAGAAGAGGCACCGAAAAAGGAGCCUCUUACUUUGCAUAACGCUUCAUUCACACUAAACGACGAUGGCUCGGGCGACACGGGAAAGAUUCGAAACAAGCCUACUAUAGACUAUCUGAUUCAGGUGGAGCCGUCUUCUUCUCACUAUCCUGGUUGGAUGAUUGUAAGACGGUAUUCAGAUUUUGAGACGCUUCACGAGAUUUUGAGACGAAUUGCUGCCGUAUCCGGCGCCACUGCCUUCAUGGAGCUCCACAAAGAGCUACCAAGCUGGAAGGUUCACACCCGAGAGUCGCUUCGAGGUGAACUGGAGAGAUAUCUACGAGAUGCUUGUUGGUAUCAAGCCUUGGCAGAAAGCGAGGGAAUGAAGCGAUUUCUCGAAAAAUCACAGGGGCACACGCAUGGCAACUCCAAAUCGUUUGGCUGGGAGACUGUGGGCAAGAACAUGCUUGAGGUGCUAUCCAUUGGCCCCAAGGGAGCUGUAGAGGGUGGAAAGACUCUUGUCGGCGGCGUUAGUGGUGUCUUUGGUCACUUUGGCGGCCUGGGACGAAAGUCGACCACCCAGUCCAUCGACCUUACUCCCCCGAAUCCAAACCGGUUAUCUACAUCAUCGAUUACGGGCAGCCGGGUUGAUAGCAUUGCGCGAUCACCUGUGAGGUCGGAACGCGCCAGUCUUGAUAGCCAGAGGUCGUCUGUCAUUGCAACCCAGCCGGGCAGAGUAGAGCGAAUGCCAAGCUUCGUCCAAUCCCCCAACAACAGCGAGACAGAUUUACGGCUGAGCCAAAGAGGUAGAGUUGACUCCAUUUCUACUUCAGUAAGCGCUCGACAGAGCAGAGAGCACAGCAGGGCUUCUAGUUUGGCCGCUCUCCGUUCACCGUCGUCGAUAAGCCUGGACUUUACAAAGCUUCCGCCGCCGCCAGAUGAGAUUAGCGAUGACUAUGAGUCGCAGGCAAACGACUUUGAAGCCAAGUUGCGUAGAAAUGCGAGUUUCAUGGAGGAUCAGAGCCGUAGCAACAGCUCGCAAGCACUGAACCCAUCGGCGUCCGCGCCGGCGUUAUCGGGAAAGAAGAGUCCAGCGAAGCCUGCCCGGCAAUAUACCCAGCUUACGGAACCUGAAACCCGGGUGGCUGUUGAGCUCCUCUUUGCUGUCAUCAAUGAAAUGUACACCCUUUCUUCGGCUUGGAACAUCCGGCGAACACUCCUGACAGCUGCGAAAUCGUUUCUGCUACGCCCCGGAAACCCUUCACUGCUGACCGUGCAGUCUCUUAUCCAGUCAUCAGUGAUAGACGCCAACACGUCCGACGCAGGGAUCGCGACAGGGUUGCGUAAAAUACGCGAGAAUACCAUGCCCACGGAGCAGGAGCAAGAAUCCUGGCCGGCCCAGUUGACGGACGAAGAGAAGAGAGAGCUGGCCGUAAAGGCGCGUAGGCUGCUGAUACAGAGCGGGGUGCCGGCCGCGCUGAUGGGCGUGAUGGGGCAGUCGGCCACGGGCGAGGCCCUCGGGCGUGUGUUUGACUGUUUGCAGAUUGAGGAGGUUGCCAGGGGAUUGAUUUUUGGCCUAAUACUGCAGGCAGUGAGGGUUCUAACGCAUUGAUUACGCAUU